ACACAGCUAAAGAUAAGCCUUACUGUUUAUUUCAUUUACUCCUAUUUAGAAUGUGGGCCUGUUGGUGUGACAGACAAUAAUAUCAUUACAGAUGCCAGAUUUACAGCGAGCAGUGUUUACGGUAGUUCUUACUAUCCAUACUAUGGCCGACUGCACGAAACCAGGGGAAACGGAGGGUGGUGUCCUCUUAGUACAACUGAUAGAACAGACUAUCUUCAAGUUGAUAUGGGCGUAGUGCGUUCUGUUUGUGCUGUGGCCACACAAGGAGAAUUGGCGCUCGAUGAAUGGACCACUAGCUACAGACUACAAUUAUCUACAAACAAUAUAACUUGGAACACUUACAAGGAAACGAAUAUUGAAAAGGUAUGGAGAGAACUGUUAUUGACAUUUUAAUAUCAGCAAUUAAAAAAGAGUUUGAAGCCAAUGCAAAUAAUUAGCAAACAGAAAUACAUUUAGAUGCUGAAUUUGGGUGUGUAACUCCAUUGGCUACUGCAGCAGAAAAUGUCAUCGGAGAUGACAAGCUUGUGUAGUAUGACGAGUUUGCUUGAAAAUUCUGAAAGGCGUCUGAUGCGUCUUUUAUAGAAUGGUUCAAAGACUUAAGAAAGUGUAGUUUAUCUAUUCUUUCGUGUGCUGCAUGAGGUCGAAGAGAUUUAGAAAUUAGUCGCGCAAUGUACUGCUAAGACUUUUCCAUCCAGGAUAUAUUAACUAAAGCAUUUCGCAUGAAAUUGUUUUCCCGAUUUCGUGAGACAGGAAGUCUCUGGUUCCGUCUCUUAUUCUGUCCCUAACCUUGUCUUUGUCGUGGAUUCAUAUGACUUUGUUUCGUUUUUGUUUUUUUGUUUUGUUUUGUUUGGUUUUUUUGUUCGUAAAUCAUGAUAGUGACAUAAUAUGUGCAUGCUGCAAACAAUAGCUUAAAUGUUAGCAACAUUUAUAUCCGGGAAAAGACUCAACAAUAGCCGUCUUGCAGCUCAAUAAAGGAAAAAAUCGUGUCACCUUGACCAUCUACCUUUGGCUAUCGGAUGAUGAGUAAUAAAAAAAUCCGUAAUAAAAAAAGGGUGAAAAAAGUGACGGAAAAAUGAACACCGUUUGGAAAGGCUGGGCCGCAAUGCAAUAGAAGACAAAGUUGCGUGAGAGAUGUGAGCAGUUAAGACCUGUUCAAAUGGCCCCCACACCUCCCCUCCCCCUCCUCCCAGCGCCUCCUUACUUAACUGUAUAUAGAAUUGGUGCACCAUACCAAGUUGUUCAAUUUCUUUUUUUUGUUUUGUUUUUUGUUUUUUUACAGGUGUUCACAGGAAACUCAGAUCGGACCAGUAUCGUGAAGCAUUCACUCAGAACUGACUUCAAAGCCAGAUACGUUCGGUUUUAUCCUGUAACAUAUCAUCGUUGGCCAUGUUUGAGGGUUGAGAUAUUUGUGCUUAAGUAAUACGGUAAAGAGUUCGUAUGUGUGUAGUUGUGCAUCAACAUAAAAACAGAAGGAGAAAAAGUAUACAAACAGUCUUAAAGUAGGAAAACAAACAUUUGCAAGUAAACUAAUAAACUUAUUCAGUUAACAAACUAAUCAUUCCCAGGGGCGGAUCCAGGAUGUUUCGAAGGAGUGGGUGCACCACAAAGGAAUCACCUAACUGACGUGUCCUCUGACGAACAGAGGGUCUGAUAGUUCACACAGUUUUGUUUUUCAUAUUAUUAUUUUGCACAAUACUAUUUAUAUAGGAAAGCCGCUGGUUAUCUUAUCCUGUAACAUACCAUAAUUGGCCAUGUUUGAGAGUUGAAAUAUUUGAGCUUAAGUAAUACGUCAAAGGGUUCGUAUAAGUGUAGACAUUCAUUGACACAAAAACAGGAGAAAAACUGACGAACCUCUCCUCUGACCAACAUAAGGGCUGACGCUCGAAAAGUCAACGCCAACCUAUCAUUUUGACCGCAUUUAACAUAAGUUCUCUAACCUCGUGUUCUAUUUCAAUGCCAAUAAUUCACACAGUUUUGUUUUUUCAUUUUAUCAUCAUUAUUUGUUUUUCUUAUUUUGCACAACACAAGUUAUUUAAUAAAGUUGCCGGUCAUCUUAGGGGAAGAUUGGUGUGCACCCCUGCACCUUCCCUUAGAUCCGCCCCUUGCUACAUUCAUUUCGUUACAGUAAAAUAAAACAGUUAUUCAGAAUAAAGGUAAAAUGGAAAAUGUAUUCCAGAUCUCCACUGAAAGAUAUGUGAGCUCACUGUUGCUUCUUGAUUAAGCGUUAUGAUUAGCUGCUAUCGGUGUUAGUUUUCUUUUCUGAUAAGUUAAUGCUUUGUGAAAAUAAAAUUUAGAGAUACUGUAAAAUCGAGAUUCCUGAGGCAUGGAUACCUGCAACUUAAAAACAGAGUGCUCAUCCAAAAACAAAGCAGAUCUGUAAGAGAACAACAUCAACCCGUCAGACAUGCGUGAACCAAUAUAGGAGUAUGCUAAAACAAACCAAGAGCAGCUCCCUAUGCCACAUUAAUAGCCAUGGGUGACUAUUCAACAUCACUACAUAGUGAAGAAAAGUAGUAAAGCUGUCGCACGAACGCGAUUUACAGAUGAUAGUUUGACUCCUAAAAUGAUAGAUUCGCUUUUUAAGGAGAAAAAAGUUUUCAUGUCCAUUUAGUACUUAGGAUCUGUUUUUCAAGCACUCGCUGCUAUUAAUAGCUGAAUCCACCAAAAUGAUCUUUAAACCUCUUUGGAAUUUGAUUCAUGAAAUGAAAGAUUAAUUAAUCGCAUCAGAUAAUUUAUUUGAACUGUUACACAGACACCGGUGUGUUAUCUAGUUAAGAAGGAAUUAAAGUUGCAAUAAACAACAGUAAUUCAACUUCCAUGAUUUUUUUUGUGUGUCCCACUCACAAAAGAAUUUGAAAAAAAAGGCAUAGUAACGGUUACUACGCCUUUUUUUUCAAAUUCCAGUCGAACCACAACAGCUUCGAUGGAAAACAACCGUCAAGUUUGAUCGUGAUACAAAACUUGAUCGGUGAUCACUGAUAUUCUGACAACGCCCCCCUCAUCCCAACCCCGGUAAGGUAGAUUUUCAUUCCUCCAACAGUCAGCAGAAUAAGGUCCGCAUUCGUUUCCAUCUCGUGGUGGCCCUUAUGUUGCGCAGCUUAUUCCUUUGCUAAGAAAGCAAAAUAUCACUACCUUUUCUUCCUUAUUACAGGUUCUGGAAGAUUUAAUUAGAUUCAAAAAGUGUGAGUGUAGAUUCGAGUAGAUUCAAAGGUGUGCGUCUCACGAAAGGUAUUGAUAAACAUUAACCUUAAUUCUUGUGAAAACAAUUUCUCGACUCCAUCGGCAAACCAAAAGAUUACAGUAUAAUUUUGACAGACUUGGCGACUAGGGACCAAGUGACUGAAAGGCAACUACUGUACAUUAAGCUUAUUCCCUCUAGAUGGAAAAGUCUUGGUUUAAACCCGAUCCAGGCCAUAACUUGUGUGUUAUGUCUUGUGUUUCUGGAUAAAAUUUCGUUACUAAGUCACACAACGUGCCCCCGACCUAGGUCGGUUGAUAUCAUGGGGAAAGAGAAACUGUCCGGAAAGCUUCGCGGAAUACGGGAGGUUAGAUAUGAUACAUUAGCGAACUGUACUGGAGAAUUCUUCAGGCUAGGAAUCUUAACCAUACAGUCUGUCUCACUAUUAAAUUGAUCGCCCCCGUUCAAUCAAAUCAAUAACUUUUAAAAAGCAGAUCGUACUAGACAACCGAGACAAACGUAGCGUCCCUUAUUUAUGACGUCUUUCUAGCUAUCAAAUAACGGUCUGGCUUACUGACCUUAAUCUAAAUUUAAAUUUAGGCAGUGUGAGGUUAUGUAACAUGCUAAAUAAAGCUGUUUUCGAGAAAGUUCGAUCAUUCAGCUCUCGUAAUGUCUCUUAAAGAGCGUACUUUCCCAAUGAGCCCCGGCACAGUUCUAAGCGUUUUCUGUUUGCUUCUUUACCUCGCUGGAUUCAUUCGAAACGAGUCUAAAUUCAAUGAGUAUGAACGAAGGUUGAAAACUGUUGAGGAAUUCAUACCUCAAGAUAAAAUGACACAAGCGAGGACGGAUUUCCCUCCCUCUGAACAAGGUAAUAUCCGACUGUCUUUAUUUCAAUUGCUAUUGUGUCUGUUUUGUGGCUGGUCGUGCUCUUUAAAGUUAUUUAUGUAAGUUGCAAGUUACUCUAAACUGUUAGGGGUUUAAGCUUUUGAUAAAAAGUACUCAAGAGCUAAUGGUCAUGUCUUCCGACUUCCGUUUUAGCACAACAGGAACGAGACUUAUUUGUCUUAUUUUCUUUUCACUGAGAUAUCAACAUAUAUACCGUAUAUCUAACGACGUAGAUUCAAAGCUAACGAUAUGGACGACUCUUGUUUUAAAUGAUAUCCAUUCUCUCGUUUUCUUUACGAAAUAAUUUGGAGACUUGCCAAGGAUUAAAACGCAGAGGUUUUCAAGGUAAACAAUGCACUCUUUUUAAAUGGCGACAUUAAUAAAAUCGAUGUGUUGCCCACUGCUUUGUCAACAAGAAACAAAAGCUUUCUCCUAAGUCUCUUGGUGAGCAAGAAAGCAAAUCUCUUCGUCAAGACUCUUGUAAACCUAAGCCUUAAAAUAUUGAUUUAACCGCUCGUCAUGCUCGAAAUGAUUAUAUUUGUGGAGAAAUCAAAUCAAGAGAUAAACACGAGCCAUUUGACGAGGGGUUAAAUUAAAAUUUCUCUAACGUCACUUUUGAUAACUGGAAAGGAUUUCUGUCCUCGCUACGGUCAAAUUGUCGUUUCCUUCUUGUGUUUGCAGUUGAACUUGGAUCGUUAUCGUGUUAUUUGAGAUGGCAAUGAAGGGUCUUAUUAGGUUACUCGCCUUUUUUAUUGAUUUAUUUGAUAUAUUUUCAGUCAUACAAACCACCUCUGCCGAGCUUGAAAUCCAUCGACUGAAGCGUAGUAUUUCACAUCCACCCCCUUUAAAUAAGUCGGCUGAGAUGAGGAAAAUGAUAGAGGACAUCGUUUAUUCCGCUUGGAAGAUUUGCCACAACAAAACUGGUCUGAAUGUUUGUCCUCGUGGCCGGCCGGGACCUCCAGGGAGAGCUGGACCCAAAGGUGACAAGGGAAGAAAAGGAAGAAAAGGAUCCCAGGGAAGCAUGGGACCACCGGGAAGAAGCGGAAAACAAGGAACCAUGGGACCACCGGGGAUAAGAGGACAGAAUGGAAUAAAAGGAGACAUCGGGCCACCGGGUAUCCCUGGUAUCCCAGGGACUAAAGGUGAACCUGGAGAGUCCAUCUCAACCCCAAAAGUAACAAUUUCUCCACCGAAACUAGUCGUCAACGAAAGCAAAAUAGCCUCGUUCUUAUGCUCUGCUUCGGGAAACCCUGCGGCUCAAAUGUUCUGGUCGAAGAUCAAUGGAUCUUUUCAAAGCAACAGGAUCAAAGUGACGUCAAAUGGUCUGAUGCAGAUCUCUGGUGUCCGGAUGGAAGAUGCAGGCGCCUACAAAUGCAUAGCGCGAAAUAUUCUUGGAGAGGAUGAAAAAACUGCCAUUCUCGUCGUUCAGAGUAGGUCUAAAUAUUCCAUCUUAUGUCCACACGAUUCCUACGCCUCUGAAGUUUGAAAAAAAUUGUCUUUUAUUGACGUUUUUCCUUGGGCAGCUCGAGGGAUACAAAAUUCUGGGGUUCAACAGUAUAUAAAAUUUUAAAGUUGUUGUGAGCAAAAUAUUAGAAUCAGAUAAAACUUCAAAAAAUAAAGCUCUAAAGAUGGACAAGAUUUUAGUAUGGGAGCCACACAAGCGACAGUAGCUAUCUUAAUUCUAUAUAAUAAUGUUUAUCCCAUUCAUAUACAGGUAAACCUACCAUUUCACUCUCCUUCGGUCCAACGUAUGUAGAGAAGGGCAAGAACGUCACUUUACCAAAAUGUCAUGUGACAAGUUUUCCUCCGGCAAUCAUCACGUGGUCUAAAGGGCGCGGUGAACUUGCACAUUCCAGAACAGUUGUGAAAGACGGAGAGCUGUCAAUUAUCAGUGCUCAAAAUUAAGAUUCUUAUUUGUAUGAAUGCAAAGCCUCCAAUAUUCUAGGCCAUGACUCAGCUUUGACAAAUCUUGUUGUCUGGGAUCUGCCCCGUUUUACAGUCAAUCCACCUGCAAAGGUUGAUGUAGGAAAAGACAGAAAUAUUUCAGUUCCUUGUCAGGCCGCUGGUGACCCUCAACCAAUAAUCACGUGGGUUAAAGAGAACGGUGAUUUGCCAGUCGGAAGAUCGCAAGUCAGUGUGGAUGGAACACUUCAGAUAUGGAAUAUUAAGGAUGAAGACUCGGGCAUAUAUAUCUGUACAGCCACAUCAGCACAACUGUUCAAAACGUCUUCUUCAAUGCAACUGACCCUUAGGAAAGGUAAGGAAUGGCUUUAUUCAACAUUUUAUUUGUUACACAAAGAUCUAUAAAUUCCUUCAAGAAUUAAGACAAACCUUAAGAAAUAUAUGUUACAGGUCACAGUGACUGUAUUCUGGGCGGAUUUCAUAAUCAGAGUCUAGCGUUGGGUUAUUUGACUACGAGGAGUUUAUGGAAAAUGAUUUAUCAGUUUGGUUGUAAUGUUCUUGCCUUAAAGACUCCUAUCAAGUAUACGAAUGGUGAUUGGUUGGUUUGAAGCAUCUGGAAAGCUUUUGGGACAAGAUUUCAACCUAGAGCAAUAUUCUGCAAAGUUUCAGCUCACUAGAAUUACAUCUGAAAUGUUUUGGAGAAAAUUAUUUUAACAUAGAGCAAUAUCCUGCAGAAUUUUAGCUCAUUAGAAUUGGGUUAAUGUGCUUUACAACUACGGUCUUAAUAAACCAUAGCUUGAAAAGUUUUUAAGACAAGCAAUUUGACAUUUUGAUGAUUGCAGCGGAUUGAAUAUAAAUUAAUUCCUUGGGCUGUUUUGUCCUUUUUUUUAGUUUUUCUUGUUACUUAACUCAAACAUUAAAGUUAAUAAAUCAGUAUUAGCUGGCAAUUGCUCAUUAAAUUUCCUAUCGGCUCAACUACCUCGCUAAUGCAUUAAAGUUAAUAUUUGCUACGAUUUUAUUCUCGACAGAGGAACCUGAUAUUUUCGAAAAUUGAAAGGCAAUGAGACAAAAGGAACGUUGAAAAAAUCCAAGAAAGCAAACAAAGAAAUAAACAAACAAACAAUAGAAGGGCAAGACAAAAAGUUUAUUUGAGUCAGGAAUCUACUUCCGUAAAUUUUUAUGCUCAUGCAAGGCCCUGUAUUACUUAUAUUUAUUUAGUAUGUAAGUCAGUUGGUGUGGCGGACAGGAACAGAAUACCAGAUGCUAGAAUGACAGCGAGCAGUUUUCACAAUACAGACUAUUAUCCCUACUAUGGCCGACUCCAUGAAAACAGGAGGAACGGAGCGUGGUGUACAAAGACUAGCUCUGACAGAACAGACUAUCUUCAAGUUGAUUUGGGUACAGUGCUCGAUGUUUGUGCUUUGGCCACACAAGGAAACCAGAAAGAAGGUCAGCGAACCACCACCUACAAAGUUCACCUGUCCACAGACGGUAUAAACUGGAACACUUUCAAAGAAAAAAAUAUUGAAAAGGUAUGGAAAGAGUAG